AUGGAUGACGAGAAAGAACAUUUGAAAGUGAUUGAGCAGUUAGCAAGUGGCUCUCGCCCAUCUGCCUUCACUCUCCCAGCGGUCUCUACACAGACCAAGACGCUGGCUGGCUACGUGCAUGCAUCUGUCGAGGACAAGACGUUGAAGAUUGCCCACUGCAAGGUGGACCGGCCUCAUCAGCGAAGAGGCCUGGGCGGUUUGCUGCUGGAAGCUGCCGAGAAGCGCGCUCGGAAUCUGGGCGCUUGCAUCUCGAAAGUUAGAUUAUCUGUGUUGGAGACAAACGAACCGGCCCGAAAGUGCUAUGCUAAGUCGGGCUUCAAGGUUUAUGCCAAAUCGUCAUCAAAGUUUCUGCCGUGCAACUGUAGUGAUGGCGGCUGCAACUGUGACAACAAGAUCAGUUGGCUGAAAAUGGAGAAGCACAUCGCCUGA